AUGGUAAGCGACAUAACCAGUGGACAAAGGAUCCAUUAUUGAUUUCAGCUCGGUGUGGGGUGUCUUUUGCAAUGCUCAUUCCGCAAAGAAAAGAUCCGAUUAGUAAGCCAGGUCAAGAAAGAUGAGCUGCCAGUAGAAAAAGAAGAGCUCAAACCUAAAAAUGCAACAGAACCAGAGUCCAAACUGUAAGUAUUGGCGGGAUAUAUUUUUUAUUCGUCAUGGGAACAGUCACUUUAUGUAGUUAUUUUCAGAAUCUUCCUGGCUCCGAAAGCCGCAAAUAAAUCACAAGAAGACACGUUGAAACACGUCAAAUCCAUUCAGCGGGAUCCCGAUAAGACUGUAGAACAAUUAUAA